AUGACAUUCGAAGAGAAGUUAAAACCAUAUGAAAAGUGGGUAAAGCUUGCCCAAGAAGUCCUUUUAUUCAAGCGUCCAGUCAUCUUUGCAGCCCUUCUUCUCACAGUUUUGGGCUUGUUUGAAUUCGCCAAAUUUGUAGAAGCUGGCUUCUUUGCUUCUGUUUGCCUUGCAAUUUGCGCCCUUUACUUUGCAGUUGUUUUCUACGCAUACUUAGGCUCUAAAGUUGACAAAUUCUUGUUUAGUGAACUUCCAGGAGAUGAUCCAACAGCCUCAAACAGAGUACGCUCAUUAAAGGAACUCGAUGAAUUAUUCGGAAAAUACAUUCCAGCUGACUGCCCAUGCAAGACCUGCUGCUCUCUCUCAAAGAAGGGAACAUUCAUUGCAAUUGGUGUUUCUUUUGCUUUGGCUGUUUUCUUUAAGUUCGUUCCACCGUUUUGGUUCAAUUUAGUUGUAGCUACACUUGCAUUAGCACUUCCAAGCGUUUUAACUCUUCCACCAGUUGCACAGCGCUCAUCGUGCCAUGUAUAG